AUGUACGACUUGUCAAGCACAAAUGAGAUUGAACCGUCAUACACACAGAUUAGUGUGUCGAACUUUCUAACUCUGUGUGAGGUAGAGAUUUAUGGUGACAACCAGUGUGUUGGUAAAACCUACGGAUUAGAAUGUAACAACACGUGUAACUGCUAUAAUGGGCAAGAGACAUGUUUUGUGGCAACAGGUGGAUGUGCUUCAGGUUGUGCUGAAGGCUAUCAUGGAGAGGGCUGUUCUAAAGAAUGCGAUGCUGGAUGGUUUGGUUCUAAUUGCAUGUACCAGUGCCACUGUGCUAACAACUACUGCAACACAAGUGGUGAUUGUAUAAACGGUGUGACUUGUGACAUGGGAUGGUUCGGCAAUCACUGUCAGUUCCCAUGCAGCGAUACAUUCUAUGGAGCCAACUGUACAAACAAGUGCAGUACUAACUGUGUAGGACAACUUUGUGAUAGUUUUAUCGGCUCAUGUAAAGAGUGUCCUUCAGGAAAUAAAGGAGCAUUUUGUAAUGAAACGUGUGACGACUUUCACUUUGGACCAAGAUGUUUGAACAGCUGCUCAGUAAACUGCACAGACUACAAGUGUAACAAAACAAGCGGUCACUGCCUGAGUUGUUACAGUGGAAUCACUGGGGAAUUUUGCGAUCGAGUUUGCGACAAAACGCAUUACGGACCAAAAUGUCAGGAUGUAUGUGACUACUGCUCUGGUGGUAUAUGUGACAAUGUGAAUGGAACUUGUGACAAAUGUGAUCCUGGCAGAUAUGGAGAGAGAUGCACUCCAUGUAGAAACCAGACUUACGGGAUAGACUGCCGAGACAAAUGUUCAGAAAACUGUGCUGGAGCCGGCGAUUGUCUCGGCUACAAUGGGACGUGUGUGGAUGGUUGUCAGCCUGGGUAUAUGGGAGACUUGUGUAACACGUCAUGCCCGUCGGGAUAUUACGGAAAGAACUGCAUGUCUACAUGCAGUAAAUGGUGUAUUGUCAAUGAAACAGAAUUGUGGUGCAAUAAGACAGACGGUCUGUGUCUCAUGGGGUGUAGAAAAGGGUAUACACAGACGGAUAGAGAGUGCUCGUUAUUUUUGAGUGGUAUAGAGCCCUCAGUUGACAGUAAUCCACCGUUAAUGGCUAUAGUAGUUCCUAUCGUUGUUGUAAUUAUCAUAGCCCUACUUGUAGUAGGAGGAAUCAUAUUUUGGAGGCUAAGGCAGUCUAAAAAUGCUGAAACUGCUGACCCAACCUUACCAGAUGACGUCAAUACUGACGCUGAUACAUCCGACGCAAAUAAAUUGAAAACUUUUGACCAAGUUACCACUAAACCGGUGGGUGUCAUCGCCGCCUACUGCAAUGAUAGUGUCGAUUUAGACAGCCGAGAUAUUCCGGUGUCUCAACUCAACGAGUAUAUGCUGACACACAGUAGAGAGUUCUUUCUUGAUGAAUAUAGGAAACUUCCAGUGCCAGAAAAUGUGACCAUGCUUGCCGGCCUCAGUGAAGAAAAUAAACACAAGAAUAGAUACAAAAACAUAUGCGCAUACGACCACUCUCGCGUCCAUCUUGAAAUAAACACACUUAAAAAUGAGGGCGACUAUAUAAAUGCUUCCUACAUAGAGGGAUAUAACAAUGAGGAGAAAUUUAUAGCAUCACAGGGCCCAAAUGAUGUGAUCAUCAACGACUUCGUUCGAAUGUUGUGGGAACAAAAAGUUGAUAAAGUUGUGAUGUUGACAAACCUGAUUGAGGAUGGAACAGUGAAAGCUGUGAAAUACUGGCCAGAAGAAGGCAAAGCUACAUUUGGUGAUGUUGAUGUCGAACUUCUAGCAAUGCAUGUAUUUGCCGACUACACAAUCCGCAAUCUGGAGCUUAAGAAGAAAAACCAACCAGCGCAUCAUUUCACCCAUUUUCACUUUACAUCGUGGCCAGACAAAGGUGUGCCUCUAACACCGUGGGGACUUGUGGACUUUGAACAGAGGGUGGCGUUAGGGAGUACAUCAAGGCCUAUUGUUGUCCACUGCAGUGCUGGUGUAGGACGUACUGGAACCUUCAUCGCUCUACGUAAUGUGAUGAGAGAAGCUGAAGACACGGGGCGGAUAAAUUGUUUUCAAACUGUGGCCAAACUCAGACAAGACAGGGUUCUGAUGGUUCAAACUGCGGAACAGUACGAGUUCCUCCACAGGGCUGCCCAGGUUGCUAUAAUCUGUAUGGGCACCACCGUGACAGCUAAUGACAUCACUGCCAGGAUCGAGUACCUGCAGGAGACCUCAGUCUCAGGAAUCAACAACUUGGAACUAGAGUACCGGGAUGUAUCAAAAGUGAGUUCUGACUUUAACAAACACAAAGAGCUUUUGGACAACAAACAAGAGGAGUCAAACAUUUAUCAAAACCGAAUAAGUCUCAAUGACACGACAAGAAACAGAUGUUCAGCAAUUAUGCCAAGUAAGCAAUACAGAGCUUCUCUAGCGUGUGAGAGAGAACAUCUAGGAGACUACAUUAAUGCUGUCCUCAUCUCGAGUUUUACCAAACGAGAGAACCAGAUACUAACACAGCUCCCAAUGCCAAACACAGUCACAGAUUUCUGGAGAUUGGUGGCACAGUACAAUGUUAAACUGGUCGUGGCCUUUCAAACUGAGAGUUCCCUCAAAGAUCGUACUCUCGGCCAGUACCUACCUGCCAACAUGACAACACCUUUAGACUGUGGACCAUAUGAAAUACACAGAGGACCUGUCAAGUCUGAGAGAUUAUGGGAGGAACAACAGAUCACUGUCAAAGUCGUCAAGAAAGCGAUGGUUUUCCUACCUGAUGGAGUGACGGAAGAAUCCCACGUGACCCACAUAGCGAGUAAAAGCACAGACCUGAAUCCCAAGAAUCUUCUCAAACUUCUCAAACACACAAGGUCAAACAAUGUACAGGCACAGGGGAGAGUACUCUACAUGUGCAGAAACGGAGCUGAGUACAGCGGCCUGGCCUGUGUGUUGAGUCUUCUACUUGACCGAAUGGACCAUGACCAAAGCUUAACAGUUCCACUUGUUGUUGGUGCCAUCAAAUGUAUCAGACCACAGGUCAUCCCAUCUCUGGCCCAGUACACAUGUGUGUAUGAAGUCCUAAAGAGAUAUAACGAGCUCAGUACACCUUACAGUAAUUAUGACACAAUAUCAAGAGGACAACAGAACCUCACGCUGUCCACAACAACACACGAAGAUGAAAAUGUUUAUGCCAAUAGUUAACAAUGCAAAAUUGUGUGUUGGCAGUGUACACAAUUUAAUUGCUAGAAAUAAUCAGCAUAAUUCUAUGAAAAACAUAACUAGAAUGGCAGCUAAUUGAAUGACUGGUUUAAUACUAUGUUAAGCUAUUGAAUUUUUUUAAAGCUAUAAUCCUAAUUUGACUAUUCAAGUACGCAAAUAUAAACCUUAAUCACUUUUAA